AUCGUAUAAAAGGAGAGAGAAAACUUAAAAGGCUACAAGAGAUCAGUCGAGUGAGCAUCUCCGACACGGCAACAACUGCAGCGCACUAUUUGUCACCAACUAGGCAACUACCUUCUUCAUCGCCUUACCAGUUCGCAAUCAUAGUUAAAUAUGGCCUUGUGUUGCUGUUGGGUGUUGCAUCGUUGGUGUCGAGCAUGAGAGAAAAUCGUAUUAAAGAAGAGAGAAAAGGAGAUAAAAAUUUCGUCGAGCGAACGCUUCUGACAUGGCAACAACUGCAUUGCACAGCUGCCUUCUUCAUCUUAUCAGUUUGCAAUCAUGGAUUUUCUAGUAAACUAUUCUGUCGUGCUGCACUGCUGCUUUUCGUUGUUGUGUCGUUGAUCGCUGGGUCUUGCACCACAGCUACUGCAUUGAAGCCCUCAAGUAUUAUUCUUCUUCCCCGAGCUAGGCUACUAAUAAAGCGCCUGAAUACUACACCGAUGCUCCAAAGUACUACUCUGCUCCCAGCUACACCAAUUCUCCAGCUUAUUACAACACUAAAGUGGUCGAAUACUACACAGAAGUGCCCCAGUACGAUAGAGUGUUCAUCUCCGACACCCGACACAGCAACAACUGCAGCGCAAUAUUUGUCACCAACUGCAUUCUUCGUCGUAAUACCGGUUCGCAAUAAUGGUUAACUUACUAUGGCGCCGUGCUGUUGGGAGUUGUAUCGUUGAUGGCUGGGUCGAUCAGGGUUGUACCGAUGUCUCCUGGGUGUGGUGAAUAUCAAGAAACAGCAGCGAAAGAAUACUAUACCACGUCGCCUCCUUAUUAAAUAACAACGUCAAUA